AUCAACUCCAAAAUGCUAUCUCGGUGUCUCUGCCAAGUUUACAAGUGUUUGUUUCUUCACAACUUAAAACUGAAUUCAAUAAACGUGGCUACUUUAGCCAGACGGAUCCAUUCUUCAGCAAAAAAGCUUUCUGACUGUGAGUUAAAGGAAAAAACUGUCCAGAACUGUGAAACUAAAGAGUUGCCUCAAAGUACAGAAAAAAAUACUUUUGGAAGAUUGCACAUACCAGUGAUGCUGGAGGAGGUUAUUAAUUGUUUAUCCCCCCAGCCAGGCCAGUGUUUCCUUGAUAUGACGUUUGGAGCCGGAGGUCAUACUGCAGCUCUGCUGGAGAAAGCCAAGGACAUUACAAUAUAUGCACUAGACAGGGAUCCCACAGCUUAUAAAAUAGCUCAGGAGCUUUCAGAAUCCUACCCGAAACAGAUUCGAGCUCUUCUAGGACAGUUUAGCCAGUCAGAGGCUUUGUUAAUCUCCUCUGGAGUUGAGCCGGGGACUCUAGAUGGAGUUCUCUUGGAUGCUGGCUGUUCUUCAAUGCAAUUUGAUACACCUGAAAGAGGUUUUUCCCUGCAGAAGGAUGGACCUUUGGACAUGAGGAUGGAUAGUGACAGGUACCCUGACAUGCCCACUGCUGCUGAUGUUGUGAACGCUUUAGAUCAACAGGCGCUUGCGUCCAUCCUGAGAACAUACGGGGAGGAGAGGCACGCCAAGAAAAUCGCUUCAGCCAUCGUUCAGGCACGCAGCAUAUACCCCAUCACCAGAACUCAGCAGCUUGCAAGCAUUGUUGCAGGUGCUUUUCCGGCAUCAGCACUGUAUGCACGAAAAGACUUGCUUCAGAGACCUACGCAUGUUGCUACCAAAACUUUUCAAGGCCUGCGAAUAUUUGUAAAUGAUGAGCUCCAUGAACUCUUCAUAGGCCUGAAGACAGCUGAGAAGUUUCUGAAACCUGGAGGUCGCCUUGUAGCCCUCUCCUUUCAUUCACUAGAAGAUCGUAUUAUCAAACGUUUUCUUCAUGGAAUAGACAUGACAGAAAAGUACAAUCUUGGCUCAAGGCAAAAGAUAAGACAGGCUCUGAAAAAUUGCUCCAAAGAAGAAUGUACACAAGAAUCUCCCCAUGGAAAAUCCAACUCAAAGUGGAUUUUUAUACAGAAAAAAGUUCUCACACCCCAGGCCAAGGAUGUUCAAGCAAACCCAAGAGGAAGGUCAGCUAAGCUAAGGGCUGCUAUUAAAGUCUAA